CUCACCGUGAUUAUAGGAUUAUAGAAUUACAGUAUUAUACAUAUUAUACUUAUAUAUAGGUUAUCUCUCGUGUUUUUAUUUUCAAAAAGUUAAUAGUUAAUAUCGACAAGUGCAAUGGAAGACAAAUCGUCCGCCGAUAUAGAAUAUGAAGGAGAAAUGGACACUUCUGACGAAGAGGAUAUAAGAAACACUGUGGGCAAUAUACCUAUGAAUUGGUAUGAUGAGUAUCCACAUAUCGGUUAUGAUUGGGAUGGCAAAAAGAUUAUUAAGCCUGAACGAGGCGAUCAGUUGGAUAAUUUUAUGGAAAAGAUGGAGAACCCUGAUUUUUGGCGUACUGUUAGAGAUUUACAAACUGGUCAAGAUGUUGUAUUAAGUGAUAAAGAUGUAGAAUUGAUUCAACGAAUAGAAUCUAGUAAAAUACCCGAUUCAGCAUUUGAGGAUUAUGCGCCAUGGGUUGAAUGGUUUACAUCAGAAGUUAUGAAUAUGCCAAUUCGUAAUGGAGCUGAUCAUAAACGUUCAUUCAUAGCCAGUAGACAGGAAGCUCAACGUGUAGAACGAUAUGCUAGAUUAAUUCGAGCUGGUUUGCUUAAAACCAGAGAACAAAAGCGAAGAGAACGUGAAAAGAAAAGAGAACGUAGUUUCUAUAUGAUGUGGAGCACAGAUGAUGCUGAAGAUGAAAAUAUGAGACGAAUAACUGAUCAUAUACCUGCACCCAAGAGAAAUUUACCUUCUCAUGCAGAGUCUUAUAAUCCUCCUCCUGAGUUCUUAUUCAAUGAUCGAGAAAUGAAAAUAUGGAAAAAACAAGAAGAAACUCCAUGGAAGCGCAAGUUACAUUUUGUACCUCAAAAGUAUUCUAGCUUAAGACAAGUUCCCGCUUACCCCAAAUUUAUAAAGGAACGUUUUACAAGAUGUAUGGAUUUAUAUCUGUGUCCUAGAGCGAGAAAAAUGAGAUUAACUAUUGAGCCAGAAGAUCUAUUACCUAAAUUGCCAAGUCCUAAAGAUCUACAACCAUUCCCUACAGUUCAAUCAUUGGUAUUUAAUGGACACACUGAUAUGGUUCGUUGUAUAUCUAUUGAUCCACUUGGUCAAUACUUGUUAUCUGGAUCUGAUGACAUGACUGUUAAAAUAUGGGAAAUUAGAACUGGUCGAUGUUUGAGAACUAUACCAGUUGGAGGUAUUGUGCGUAGUGUAGAAUGGAAUCCAAACAAAGCAUUAUCAUUGAUUGCAGUUGUAGCUGAUAGAAAAUUAUUGAUAAUAAAUCCUGCUGUUGGUGACCAUUUAGUUGUUUCUAAGACAGACUCUAUUCUAUCUGUUCCACCAAUUCAAACAUCUAUUGUUUCUGAAAAGGUUAAAGCAGUUGUUCAAUGGGAUGAAGCAACAAAUGAAGAAUGGGCAAACGGAAUUCGUAUUGUACUAAAUCAUUUCAAAGAAAUAAAACAAGUGACUUGGCAUGGUCGUGGAGAUUAUGUAGCUACAGUAAUGCCUGAUGGUGCUAACCGAUCGGUUCUAAUUCAUCAGAUGUCUACAAGACGAUCCCAAUUACCGUUUGCUAAAUCUAAAGGAUUGGUGCAAUCUGUUCUUUUUCAUCCAAUAAGGCCCUUUUUAUUUGUUGCUACACAAAAAAAUAUACGAAUUUAUGAUUUGGUUAAACAAGAAUUAUUUAAAAAAUUAAUGAGUUAUGCUAAAUGGAUUUCUUCAAUGGCUAUUCAUCCAGGCGGUGACAAUGUAAUUGUUGGAACAUAUGAUAGAAAGCUGUUAUGGUUUGAUCUUGAUCUUUCUACUAAACCAUAUAAAACUCUUAGAUUACAUUCAACUGCUGUACGUUCAGUUGCCUUCCAUAAACGUUAUCCAUUAUUUGCAUCUGGUUCUGAUGACCGGGCAUUAAUUGUUUCACAUGGAAUGGUUUAUAAUGAUUUACUUCAAAAUCCUUUGGUUGUUCCAUUAAAAUUACUUAAAGAACAUGAGGAAUUCUCAGAUUUUGGUAUUUUUGGUGUGACAUUCCAUCCUACGGAACCAUGGGUGUUUAGUUGCGGGGCAGAUAAAACUAUUAGGCUGUUUACUUGAAUUUUUAUUAAUUAUUAAAAUUAGACUAAGAACUAUUAUUUUCAAAUAUACCUGAUAAUAUAAUAAUAUA